UUCUCUGGAAUGGCCUCUGAAGAUUCUCUCAUCAUUAUAAGUUGAACCUUGCAUCAUCUAACCAACCAACCAACAAAGAAGAAAGAAGAAGAGAGCCAUCAUCAAUCAUGGCUUUGAGUUUGAAGGAAACUUUCUAUAUAUCUCAUGGAUCACCCAUGUUGGCCAUGGAUGAUUCAAUUGAGAUAAGAAAGGUGCUCAAAUCAUGGAAGAACAUCUUCCCUCAGACUCCCUCUGCCAUUCUCAUCAUCUCUGCUCAUUGGGACACUCGUGUUCCAUCUGUCAACAUUGUUGAGAGGAAUGACACCAUUCAUGACUUUUAUGGAUUCCCUAAACCUCUCUACCAGAUUAAGUAUCCAGCACCAGGAGCUCCACAACUUGCAAGGAAGGUAAGAGAUCUACUUCAAAAAUCCGGCUUCAGCGCGGUGGAAGAAGACAGAAGGAGGGGGCUAGAUCAUGGUGCUUGGGUUCCAUUGAUGUUGAUGUACCCGGAAGCCAGCAUUCCGGUAUGUCAGUUAUCUGUUCAAUCUCAUAAGGAUGGAACUCAUCACUAUAACAUGGGAAAAGCAUUGUCCUCUCUUAAAGAUGAAGGUGUUCUUAUAAUUGGUUCUGGAAGUGCAGUUCAUAAUUUGAGAGAGUUAGUUAGAGAUGGAAGCACUGGUGUCUUUCCAUGGGCUCAGGAAUUUGAUGAUUGGUUGAAAACAACUCUUCUUCAACGAAGAUAUGAUGAUAUAAACCAUUGGGAUAAGAAAGCACCGCAGCCGAAAAAGGCUCAUCCGUCGCCGGAGCACUUUUAUCCGCUCCAUGUCGCCAUUGGUGCCGCCGGUGGGAAUCCGACGGCCAAAGUUGUUCACAGUAAUAUUGAAAUGGGAUGUCUCUCUUAUUCAUCUUACCAGUUUAAUGAAGUUCCUGGCUCUUGCUCUUCUUAAAAUAGUGUGUUGCUUGGGAACUGACUUAUGUAUGUGUGAUUUAAUUUUUUAAUGUGUAAUAAAUUGUGUGUAUUUUAAUCCAUGAAAUAAUCCUACCUAAUAGAAUAAAAUGUUAUUGUUGUCGCUAAUAUUUUUUGUUUUAUGUAAUUUAAUUUAUAC